AUGCAAUGCGAGGAUUUAAUAGUAUUAUUAAGAAUUCCAUCAAAAAAUAUUAUCUCAUCAGCUAUCUUGGGUGAAUCAUUAGUAUUUCCUACAUCAAAAAAAGAAGCUAGAAAUAGAUUUUUAAAGGCUGCUUUAACAGAAAAACUUGUCAAAUGGUCGCCUGGUAAUAUUGACACAGGAGUACCAAAUGAUGAAAUUGUUAAUGUUUACCAAAAAUGGGGUAGUGGUGGUUUUGGGAUGAUUUUAACAGGAAAUCUUCAGGUUGAUGAAAAUCAUUUAGAAUCUCCUGGUAAUAUGAUUAUUGAGAAACAUCUUGAUAGUGACAAAAGAAGGGAGAUGUUUAAAAAGUUGGCUGAGGCUGGUAAAAGUGGUGGUGCAUUGAUGAUUGCACAAUUAUCUCAUGGAGGAAGGCAAACACCUUACUCUGUUAAUAAAACACCAUACUCAUGUAGUGAAAUUCAAUUAUCUGCCACACCAAAACCAUGGUUAACAUUUGGUAAACCAAUAGCACUUACAAAAGAUGAAAUCAAGACAGAGAUUGUUGAUAAAUUUGGGUAUGCUGCUGAGUAUUGUUAUAAAUGUGGUUUUGAUGGAAUUGAGAUUCACUCUGCUCAUGGAUAUUUAUUGGCUCAAUUUUUGUCAAAUACCACCAAUAAAAGAACUGAUGAGUAUGGUGGAAGUGUUGAAAAUAAGAUGAGAAUCAUUGUUGAAAUUUAUAAUGAAAUUAGAAAAAGAGUUCCUGCUGACACUGGUUUUGUUGUUGGAAUUAAAUUGAAUUCCGUUGAAUUUCAGAAUGAUGGUUUAAAAACAGAUGAAGCUGUAGAAAUUGUUAAAAAGUUAGAUGAAAUAGGAUUUGAUUUUAUUGAAUUAAGUGGUGGAACUUAUGAAAAAUGGGUUAUGGAGACACCAUCAAAUUCUUCAAGAGAAGGAUACUUUGAAGUUUUUGCUAAAUCAAUAAAGGAAAAUGUUAAGAAUGCUAAAAUUUAUUUAACUGGUGGUUUUAGAACAGUUGAAGGAAUGGUAUCAAGUAUUGAAUUUGGUUCUACAGAUGGUAUUGGUAUUGGAAGACCAUCUACUGCUGAACCUGAUUUACCAUCAAAAAUACUUAACAAUAAAGUAAAUUCAGCUCCUGUUAAUUUACUUGAUCCAAAAGGAUUUGCAGUAACAAAUGUUGGUAGUGGUUCACAGAUGAUUCAAAUGAGUAGAAAAUCUCUUAAAGAGUGUAACAGUAAUCCAUGUCAUGAGAUAAUGGAUUUAAGUAAUCCAGAAAUUGCAAGAAAAUACCUAGCAAGAUUUGAUAACUUUUUUGAUGAAUUAAUGAAAAAACACAAAAGUGGUGAACCAAUCACAGGUUUACUUGAGGUUGAUUAUAAAGAAUUAUAA